AUGCAGCGUGCAUUGACGAGCAGAGCGCGGGCUUCCAUCCUGUCGCAAUCUGCAGCUUCAAAGUUCCGCCCCGGUGCCGGCCUCUCACAACAGCUCCGUUUUGCCCACAAGGAGCUCAAGUUCGGCGUUGAGGGUCGCGCUGCCUUGCUGGCUGGUGUUGACACGCUUGCCAAAGCCGUUGCCACUACCCUCGGUCCGAAGGGCCGGAAUGUCCUCAUCGAGUCCAGCUUCGGCUCACCCAAGAUCACCAAGGAUGGUGUGACUGUCGCCAGAGCCGUCUCCCUGAAGGACAAGUUCGAGAACCUCGGUGCCAAGCUACUUCAAGAUGUGGCUUCCAAGACAAACGAGAUUGCCGGUGACGGUACUACAACCGCCACGGUCCUCGCCCGUGCUAUCUUCUCUGAGACCGUUAAGAAUGUCGCUGCCGGCUGCAAUCCCAUGGACCUCCGUCGUGGUAUUCAGGCUGCUGUCGAAGCGGUCGUUGAGUUUCUGCAGAAGAACAAGAGAGAUAUCACCACAAGUGAGGAGGUUGCCCAAGUCGCCACCAUCAGCGCCAACGGCGACGAGCACAUUGGAAGGCUGCUUGCCAAUGCUAUGGAGAAGGUUGGCAAGGAGGGUGUUAUUACCGUCAAGGAGGGCAAGACCAUGAAUGAUGAGCUUGAGGUUACCGAGGGUAUGCGAUUCGACCGCGGCUUCAUUUCACCCUACUUCAUCACCGACGCCAAGGCCCAGAAGGUCGAGUUCGAGAACCCUCUCAUUCUUCUCUCCGAGAAGAAGAUCUCCGCCGUUCAGGACAUCAUUCCCGCCCUCGAGAUGUCUACUCAGCAACGACGACCUUUGGUCAUCAUUGCUGAGGAUAUCGACGGAGAGGCCCUCGCUGUCUGCAUCUUGAACAAGCUACGUGGCCAGCUUCAGGUUGCUGCUGUCAAGGCUCCCGGCUUCGGUGAUAACCGCAAGUCCAUCCUAGGCGACAUCGCUGUUCUUACCAACGGUACUGUCUUCACUGACGAGCUCGACGUCAAGCUCGAGAAGGCCACUAUCGACAUGCUCGGCUCAACUGGAUCAAUCACAAUCACCAAGGAGGAUACAAUUAUUCUGAAUGGUGAGGGCACCAAGGAUAGCAUCACUCAGCGAUGCGAGCAGAUCCGUGGUGUUAUGAACGACCCCACUACCUCUGAUUACGAGAAGGAGAAGUUGCAGGAGCGUCUUGCCAAGCUUUCCGGUGGUGUCGCCGUCAUCAAGGUCGGCGGUUCCUCCGAGGUUGAGGUCGGCGAGAAGAAGGAUCGCUUCGUCGACGCCCUGAAUGCUACCCGUGCCGCCGUUGAAGAAGGUAUCCUACCCGGAGGUGGAACUGCUCUGCUCAAGGCUUCUGCUCAGGCAUUGGGCAAUCUCAAGCCGGCCAACUUUGACCAGCAGCUUGGCGUUAGCAUCGUUAAGAAUGCUAUCACCCGACCGGCCCGGACUAUCGUGGAGAACGCUGGUUUGGAGGGCUCUGUCAUUGUCGGUAAGCUCACCGACGAGUUCGGCAGCGAGUUCAACAAGGGCUUCGACAGCGCCAAGGGCGAGUACGUGGACAUGAUCCAGGCUGGCAUUCUCGACCCCUUCAAGGUGGUCCGCACUGGUCUGGUCGAUGCCAGUGGUGUUGCAUCUCUCCUGGGCACAACAGAGGUUGCCAUUGUAGAGGCCCCUGAGGAGAAGGGCCCCAGCCCCAUGGGUGGUAUGGGAGGUAUGGGAGGCAUGGGCGGCAUGGGCGGCAUGAUGUAA